CCAUGCCAAUUCAUGUAAAGACAUGAUGAAGAAGAAAGAAAAGAUAUAAAAACUACUUUUUUACCAACCACUGUAAACUUGAAACAAAGACUCAUAUUUAAGUUUGCCAAAAACACAACUAGCUUGGAGGAAAAUUUAAAGAAAACAUAGUAUAUGGCAAAAAUAUACCAUAUUGUUCCUUCAACACUGGCAACCAGGUGCAGUUUCCAGUCCUCAAUAGCAUUCUUGAUUACCAUUUGUGUCAUUGCUGUCAUCUAUUUCGCGGGCGAAAAUGGAGGGCUCUAUGAUCAGAAGGAAGAACUGUUGACUAAUAAUAGCACUAGUAAUUGUAGCAGUGAUCAAAAUCACUCAUCAGAAAGCUGUGAUUUAUUUUCAGGAAAAUGGGUUUUUGACAAUGAGUCUUACCCUCUUUACCAAGAAGAUGAAUGCACAUUCAUGUCUGAUCAAUUGGCCUGCCAAAAAUUUGGUAGAAAGGAUUUGAAUUAUCAGCAUUGGAGGUGGCAACCUCAUCAAUGUAACCUCCCAAGGUUCAAUGCCACAGUAUUGCUGGAGAGGCUGAGGAACAAAAGGAUGGUUUUUGUGGGAGAUUCAUUGAACAGGGGUCAAUGGGUCUCAAUGGUGUGCCUCGUCGACAAAUCUAUUCCUCCAGGUCUCAAAUCUAUGCACUUCAGCUUCAAUAACUCCUUGAUCACACUAAAAGCUAAAGAAUAUAAUGCCUCGAUCGAGUUCUAUUGGGCACCCUUGCUAGUGGAAUCAAAUUCAGAUGAUCCGGUGAACCAUCGUUUACCAGACCGGAUUGUAAGAGCACAAGCCAUUGACAAGCAUGCCAGGCACUGGACUGAUGCAGAUAUCCUCAUCUUCAAUACCUAUCUUUGGUGGAAAAGGCCUUUUAUGAACACAUUGUGGGGUACAUUCGGAAGUACAGAUGGUAUAUUUAAAAGAGUAGAGAUGUUGCGCAGCUAUGAAAUGGCGCUGAGGACAUGGUCAGAUUGGUUGGAAUUCCAUAUUGACCGCAACAAGUCACAGUUAUAUUUCAUGAGCAUGUCUCCGACUCAUGAAUGGGGCGAGGAAUGGGGUAGGACUACCAAUGACACUUGCUACAAUGAGCAAGAAAUGAUCGAACAAGAAGGAUACAGAGGAAGCGGAACAGACCCUAGAAUGAUGAGAAUUGUGGAGGAUACCAUAGAUGACUUGAGGAAAAGAGGUCUGCAAGUGAAAUUGAUGAACAUAACUCAACUUUCAGAGUACAGAAAAGACGGUCACCCAUCAAUUUACAGGAAGCAAUGGGAGGCUUUAAGUGAAGAACAAUUGGCAAAUCCAACUAGUUAUUCAGAUUGUAUACAUUGGUGUCUUCCAGGGGUUCCUGAUGUUUGGAAUGAACUCCUAUAUGCUCACAUUUUCACAUGAUUUAUCAAGAGAAGUAACUCUGAUCAAAUUUGACAAAAGUAUCGUAUUUGUUUGAUA